AUGUCUCCCCAGUUUGGGGCCGAAGAAUCGGCGGAUACUCCCUUUUCUUCUGCCUCAAACUUCUUCGAGUGUCUGCAUACUCCGUGCUGUCUUGUUGAGUUCGUUGAAGAGAAGGCGCCGCUCGGAGAGCUUGAAAGACCUGCAAUUCCGUUAAAGAUGUCUCAACCACCCAGACUGAACAGAGCAUCUCGUGAAUGGACCAUGCGCUGGUGUUCUACGCAUUUCUUGAUGCCUAAGCAAAAGAUUUGCGUAUGUUUUUAUGGCAGUGUUUUAUUCGCAGUUGGACUGUAGUGCUUUUUUGUAGAAUUUGAAAAUAUACGACGAGAUCCGAAUCUCGCAUCUCAUGGAUAAUAUAGGAAAAUACUAAAAUUGAACUUGCUUUUACUGGUUUACUGUUCAGUUUUUGAUUUCGAUUUCUUUUAGAUUGUAUCCAACAGCUUUCUUGGAACGAUGCGACUCUCCGGGAACUUUGAUUUGUUCAUCUCUCCACUUCGGGUAUCGUCUGAUCACAUAUUCACGACAUUUUCAAUAAGCGAAGCCAGUCUUAUCACUGCUCUUCUGCGGGUACGCAGGCACAUUACACUUGACAUCUGGUUGGCGGCUGCGGCACAGUUUUCUGUAGUCAAGAAGGCUGUCACAAUGCUGAAAAGUAAGUCCAUUCGAUGGGUUUCUUGUAUUUUAGGUCUACCAUACCUUAAGACGAUCAGCUUGUCGUUCUUCUUCCCAGGUGGACGCCGAGUUGCUUUCGAUUAUUUUGUCCACAGUCUGCAACGUAAAAUUGCUAGGAUGAAUACAAGCUGGACGUUGGCGAAGAGACUUCCCGAAAGGUUGGACCUUUCCGAAUUUGAAGGUCAUGUAGCAGAAUAUUUGACGGACUCACCUCCAAGCCGACAGAGUGAGUUCUUAUUGAACUAGGUUCCUUAACAUUUGCGAAAAAGAUUGUUGCAUAAUACGUUGUUUUUUAGAUUACACUCAGAUAUUUGCGAUAAACGUUCAGAAGUUGGCCAUCAAUGGGAGGCUUGACUUUAGAGACGUGCAUUUCGAGAGGUUCAUUCCAAAUACGACAGUACUCGAGUUCAGAUACAUGGGCAACCGAUGUACUCCAUUCCAUCUGAUACGGGCAUUUCCUUGUUUCAAAAUGCUUUUUCCGCGGAUGAGGCAAGCCUCGUUUGAGGUCGAGGUGGAAUUUCCUCUUUGUGAGGUAAGAAUUGUUUUAUUACGCUUGACUUUACUUACCAAUUUUAUAAAUUUUAUUGCAAUCUUAGAGUGUAGACCACUUCGUCAUGUUGCUGAAGUCCUUUAUACGAAAUCUGGAUGAUUUGAAGGCGAUCUGCAAUUCAAACUCGGUCAAACUGAAGCUCCUGAAGGCCGGUCUAAUCAGCCAAGUUCGAGUUGCCCCACCAGUCAAUCCAAAUUGGUAUGAAUCCGUAUUAGAGGUCAUUCAGAUGAAAGGUGCAACGCUGCUGGACUCUGGGACUUCCUACACCGUCACUGAACCUCAUCAGUACAGUGCUAGUGUCAGAGGAAGAUAUAUUAAUAUUGUCUAUGACAAUGGAGACGAAAUGGAAAAGCGGACCAUCAGAAUGACCAUCUGGCAACUCCCGUCGUUUGUAAGUAGAGGAAAUGCGACCUGUUGA